CCUCCAAACAGAGUGUCUAUAGACUCUAUUAUACUAUAGAGAGAAGAGAAACAACAAUGUUGAUACCAUAAAAGCAGAUUUCAAGCCUUGUUCACAUAUCAAUCAGUAUAUCAAAAGCUUCAUAAGCCGGCCAGCCAUGGGAGAAGAAGAAGAGAUCAAGAAAGAUCAGGAAGAAGAGAAAAAGAGUAAUGAAGAUGAGCCCGUUUCAGCAACAAUGAAAGAUGAAGUUCAAGAGAUUGUGCUCAAGGUUGACAUGCACUGUGAAGCCUGUUCUCGCAAAGUUAUUCGAGCUUUACAUGGAUUUCAAGGCGUGGAGGAAGUAACGGCGGAUAGUAAGGCAAGUAAGGUGGUUGUGAAGGGAAAAACAACAGUGGACCCACUAAAAAUAUGCCAACGGAUUCAAAGGAAAACUCGCCGGAAAGCACAAAUUAUCUCUCCUUUGCCGGCGGCCAUUCCUCCUCCUCAAUCCCAGGAACACAAAACCAACCCCCAAUUAUCAACACCUCCCAAAGAAGAACAACAACAACAAGAACAACCCAACAAGGAUCAACAGCCACCUGCUGCAGCUGCUGUUGUAACAGUUGUACUGAGCGUCAGGAUGCACUGUGAAGCAUGUGCACAAGCUUUGCGCAAAAGAAUCAGAAAGAUUCAAGGUGUAGAGGCUGUGACUACAGAUUUGGUUCGAGAACAAGUGAUAGUGAAAGGUGUGAUUGAUCCGGCCAAGCUAGUUGAUGAGGUUUACAAUAAAACUAAGAAGCAAGUCUACAUUGUGAAGGAUGAAGAAAAGAAGGAAGAUGAAGAAGAGAAAAAGAAGAAGUUAGAAGAAGGAGAAAAGAAGAAAGAUGGUGAAGAAGAAUGCAAGGGAUCAGAAGAAGAUGAUGAAAAGAAGAAGGAAAUCAAGAAAAUUGAAUAUGUGCCUUCAAGAUACUACACCGAGUAUGGUUUUGCCUAUCCGUCGCAAAUGUUUAGCGAUGAGAAUCCAAAUGCUUGUUCGGUUAUGUAAUUGAGUUAAGAUGGUAGGUUUUAAUAUUUAUCUACUUUUAUUGUGUUUUGUUUGAAUUGUGAGGGGGACAAUAAGCUAGGUUUAAUACUUAGGGUCCCAACUUAUUGAUCAUUUUAAAUGGUUGUAAUGCUCUGAAUUCAAGUUAUUAUCAAAUAACAAGUAUUUAGAAUAUUUGAAA